AUGAGGCGAGGGCUAAGGGCUGCUGCGUGUGGCGGGAGGAAGGCGGAGCUACUCCUGGCGCAGGCGCGGGUCGAUGGGGAGGACUCUCGGGCCCCCUCCCCGGGCCGAGACACGAGGCGAGGGCUAACGGCUGCUGCGUGUGGCGGGAGGAAGGCGGAGCUACUCCUGGCGCAGGCGCGGGUCGAUGGGGAGGACUCCCGAGCGCGGUCCUCGAAGACGGCGAUGGCUCUGGCGAUACUGCGGGACUGGUGCAGGUGGAUGGGCGUGAACGCUCAGCGGUCUCUGCUCAUCCUGGGCGUCCCGGACGACUGCAAAGACCAGGAACUCCAGGAGGCCGUGCAGGCUGCCCUGUGUUCCCUGGGCAGGUACCGAGUGCUGGGCAAGGUCUACAGAAAGGAGCUGGGCUCGAGCGUUGCCCUGGUCGAGUUUGCUGAGUAUUUAAAUCGAAGCUUGAUCCCCCGCCAAAUACCAGGCAAGGGGGGGCCCUGGACUGUGGUCUGCCUGCCCCAGGCCCCUGAUGCUGAGUCACAGGAUAGACCCAAUUUCCCUGCACAGCCCCAGAGACAAGCAGUGGUUGGCAGGGCAGGUGAGGCAGGAACUGCAGGUGAGGAGGAAGCUGCAGGGGACGCGGGAGCCGCAGCUAUGGAGGGAGACGCAGGUGAGGAGGAAGCCUUAGGUGAGGUGGCAGCUGGAGGUGAGGAAGGAGCUGGAGUUGAGGCAGGAGCUGCAGGUGAGGAGGGAGCCUUAGGUGAGGUGGCAGCUGGAGGUGAGGCAGGAGCUGCAGGUGAGGCAGGGGAUGGAGGUGAGGCGGGAGCUGCAGGUGAGGCAGGAGGUGCAGGUGAGGCGGGAGCUGCAGGUGAGGCAGGAGCUGGAGGUGAGGCAGGAGGUGCAGGUGAGGCAGGAGCUGGAGGUGAGGCAGGAGCUGCAGGUGAGGCAGGAGCUGCAGGUGAGGCAGGAGGAGGUGCAGAUGAGGAGGGAGAUGCAGGUGCGGCAGGAGCUGCAGGUGAGGCAGGAGCUGGAGGUGAGGCAGGGGAUGGAGGUGAGACAGGAGCUGCAGGUGAGGAGGGAGCCUCAGGUGAGGCAGGAGCUGCAGGGGGGGAAGGAGCUGAGGGUCAAGCAGGAGCUGAAGGUGAAGCACGAGUGUCAGAUGAGGAGGGAGUUGCAGGGGACAGAAAUGUUGCAGGCGUGGCAGGACUUCUGAAUAUGGCAGGACCCAUGGGCGAGGCAAUGACUGCAGCUGAGAAAGCAGCUGUGGAAGCGGCAGCCGCCAUGGAUGAGGCAGGGCCCUGGACCCAGCAGUGGAGGCAGGCCUUGCAGCCCGUGCUAGAGAAAAUGGGCUACAAGGAGCUGGGAACCUUCUCUGGGGUGGAAGAGCCGGGCCACGGGGAAGAGUCCUUUGAGAGCUGGCUGGAGCAGGCCAACGACAUGCUGCACCUGUGGCGCCACGUGUCUGAGAGGGAGAGGAGGAGGAGGCUGGUGGAGAGCUUGCGCGGCCCCGCGCUGGACCUCCUGUGCGGCCUCCUGGCGGAAGAUCCCGAGCUGGCCGCCCAGGACUGCCUGGCCGCGCUGGUGCAGGGGUUUGGGAACAAGGACCCCCGGGUGAGCGCUCGGCUGAAGUUCGUGACCUGUGCCCAGCGGCCCCAGGAGACUCUCUUUGCGUACGUCAUGCGCCUGGAAGGCCUGCUGCAGUCGGCCCUGGAGAAGGGGGCCAUCCACCCGGCCACGGCGGACCAGGUGCGCGCCCGGCAGGUGCUGAUGCGGGCCCGGCUGAACGACACGCUCCAGAAGGAGCUGAGGAGGAUGCGGCUGACGCGGAGGCCUCCCGGCUUCUUGGGGAUGCUGCGGCUCGUCCAGAAGGCCGAGGCCUGGGAGGCCGACCCGGCUAGCAGUGAGCAGUUCCCAGGGGGAGAAGAGGCCCGUGUGGACGUGGGAGUCCUGGCAGCAGCCGCCCAGGCCGCCCCGGCCCAUGAGGCCAUCACCGAGGGCACCACUGCAGAUGGCACCAAGGCCUCCCCGGCCGGUGAAGAUACCGCCGCCCAGGCCGCCCUUUCCAAGGAAGGUAGCGCCGAGGACCACCCAGCGCGUGAAAAGGCCAGUGAGGCAGUUGCCGGCACUGCCGAGGCUGGCGAGGCGGCCCCUGAAGAUCAUGGUGCCGCCAGGGCAGCCCCUGGCCCUGGGGAGACCAGCAAGGCCUCCGUGGUCACUCAGGAAGAUGGAAGUGCUCCCGCCCCUGCGGGCCUAGGUCAGGCAGGACCCUCAGGUGCCCCCGGGGCCCCCAUGCCUGGCCGGGUGGGCAGUGCUUCCCCGGUGGCCCCAGGAGGUCCGGGCUGGGAGCCAGAGGGCCUCGCCCAGGCAGGAGGCCAGGAGGCCGAGGAGCCCCCCGAGGAGGGGCUCAAGCCCAUCCCGGAAGUGCCGGGAAAUGAGGACGGGGCUGCAGAGAUGAGCCCCCCGGGGUCCUCCUCGGGCCAGUAG